GAAAAAAAAAAAAAGAAAAAAAAAAGAGCCUCUUUUUAGCAUCGAUUUCCGAAACCCACCUCGUAUUUUGGCUAAACUCUAUCUGCAUGCUUUUCUAGCUUUGUCUUUCCUAACAAAAGCUAUCAGGCCGUAUUUUGAGCAAACACUUGUCAUCUCCUAGACUUGUUUUUGGGGUUCAAUGGAAAACAUGGGAGAUUGGGAGCAGAAGAAUCUUCUACAUGAGCUGGCACAAGGGAGGGAGCUAGCAAGACAGCUCCAAGGCCAUCUCAAUUUGCCAUCUUCAUCGCACGAGACCCGCGAAUUCUUAGUCACAAAGAUCUUGACUUCGUAUGAGAAGGCACUCUCAAUGCUCCAGUGGAGUAGCUCGGUGGGUGAUCAGCCGCAGCACACAGGAGGUGCAGGUUUUCGAAAGUCCGAAUCCCCACCUUCUCUUGCUGGUAGUCCACGGAGCGAAGAUUCCGAUCCGGAGCACAGAGAUGCCUCUCGAAAGAGAAAGGCUGUGCCAGGGUGGACACAACAAGUGAGAGUUAGUCCGGGCGUGGGACUUGAAGGGCCUCUUGAUGAUGGCUAUAGCUGGAGGAAAUAUGGGCAGAAAGAUAUUCUUAAUGCCAAAUAUCCGAGAGGCUACUAUAGGUGCACCCAUCGAAAUGUCCAAGGCUGUCUAGCUACAAAGCAAGUUCAACGAUCCGAUGAAGACCCAACUGUCUUUGAAAUCACUUACCGAGGAAGGCACACGUGUGCACAAGGCUCCCACAUAAAUCCUCCCCCAAAUGCAUCUCCUGAAAAACAGGAACAAUUAAUAAACAAAAACAUGGACGGCCAGCUUCAGCACCAUAACAACCACCAACCGCCACAAAAUCAUCAGCAGCCAUCACAAGAAAUGCUCUUGAACUUCCAGACAACCCUCAAAGUCCAAACCGAAAACUUAGACACCAAGAUGGAGCAAACUUUUCCUUCAUUUCACUUCGCUUCUACAUCGAACACAGAAAAACAAGUGUUUCAGGCAUCCAUUAUGGACAGCAAUUUCGUGGGAAGCUAUUCUCCUUCUUUCGUGUCUCCUGCAACAUCUGGAGCAAACUAUUUCUCGGUUUCUCCAAGUGGGAUGAGUGGCUUUGGAGGGAACCAGCAGCAUUUUCAGAGCUGUGAUUCUGAGCUGACAGAGAUAAUAUCAGCUGCAACAUCAGCUACAAAUUCUCCAACGGUUGGUUUUGACUUUCCAUUUGGUCAGGAAUUGGACCCCAACUUCACAUUUGACAACCCCGGAUUCUUUUCCUAAUUGCAUGCAUCGAUCGCUGAAAGAAAUAUUAAUAGCAGUAGAUUUGAGGUAUACUUUUUAGCCAGUUGAUUUUUCUAGCAAGUUCUGAGGAGAUGUAGAAAAAACUCAUCUACAUAAAUGCGUGUGGUAUUUAUAAUUAAAUAUAUACUGCGUACCCGAAUGUGGAGGUCUCCUCUUAGCUUGCCAAAAAAAUUUUGCUUAAUUUGUAUAGGUUGCAGCUUGGAAGUGCUCUGAUGGCUUUUAAAUGCAAAAUACUCGUUGAUUUUGCUCCAAAAGCAUAAUAUGUACGUACUUUCAGGAUGUUAAUCUAAUAGUUAUUUUAUUUUUCUGAUU